GCAAUUUUAAACGAAAUAAAAAUUCUCAACCAAAGAAAAAGUCGGCUGACCUUUGCCCGAAGCCGAAGCUUUUAUUAAGUCUAAGUACGUAAACAGUUGAACAUUUGAAAGAUAUAAUCAGUUGUAUUAAUUAAAUGUAAUAAUUAUUAAAUCUUUAACUUUACAAGUUUUCAUUAAUUUAAUGUCAUGUAUGUUGUGCAUUUUAUACUAAAUUUUAAAUUAAAUAAAUAAAUUAUGAUUAUGACUACUUCUAGAUCUAGUAAGACAGACUUACUUAAAUUAAUGUUAAAGACUACUAAAUGUUAUAGUAAGAGUAAGAAAGAAAUGACAGCUUUAGAAUUAGACUCCCUGGCCCCAGGCUUCCUCUAAGUCUUCUCUAAGUAGUAUAAGUUAAGGCGGGGAUGCAAUUGAUCUAUUCAGUGACUACUUACUUACUUAUGCCUUUUACCUUGCCUUUGGGGGGGGGGGGGGGGGGGGGAGGGGCAUAGGCCAUCUACAAGUAUUUUCCAUUCAUCUCAGUCCUGUGCUUUCCAUUCCAGUUGCUUCCAGGCAUAAACUUUGUGUGUCUGCCUCUAGCUCGCAUCUCUAUGUAUUCAUUGACCUUCCUCUCUUCCUUUUUCUCUGAGGAUUCCAUGUUAGGGAUUGUCUGAUGAUGUUAUUGGGGAGGUUUACAAAGAAUUUGCCCUAUCCAUAUCCUUCUUUUCCUAAUGAUGUCUUCCGCAAGAGGCUAUGGGCAUGGGUAUGUCCUUUACAGAAAGUCUUUGUUGGUUAUGACUCAGUUAUGAUGUUUGGCCAUGUGAUGUUCAGAAACUUUCUAAGGCACGUGCUUGAGAAGGUCUGUACUUUAUGCAUGAUAUUCACUUUAGUUCUCCAAGUUUCAGCUCCAUAGAAUAGGACUGUUUUGACAUUAUUUGUGUUGAAAAUUUUGCUUGCAGAGUCAGGUCCUUUGACUCCCAUAUUUUCUUGAAUAGCACAAAUGCUAAUCUAGCCUUUCCAAUUCUAUCUCUAACAUCAGCUUUGGAUCCACCAUUUAUGUCAGUUAUUAGUAUGUGAAGGCCCCCACUUCUUCCAGUGCAUUUCCUGCUAAAGAGAUGUGCACUUGGUUAGCUGAGUUUACCUUCAUGAUCUUUGUCUUGCUUUUAUUUGUAAUGAGUCUGAGCUGUGCUGAAAUAGUGGCUACUUCUUUUGUCUUGUCUUUUCCAGCAUUUGUUGCUGGUUGUGGGAAAAAAGUGCAAUUUCAUCUGCAAAGUCUUGGUCAUUCAGUUGUUCCCAGGUUGUCCACUUUAUCAAAUUUAUCCCAUUCCUCUUUUUGACCAUGGAUUUUUUCAUUAUCCAGUCAGUGGCAAGGAUGAAAAGGAAGGGGACAAGAGACAUUAUUAUCUGACUAUCUGUUUAGCCUUGCAGCACCUGGAACUUAUUUCUCAAAGUAAUACUGAAUGCUUGUCAUUUUUUAUAGUAUACCAGAAAAGCUAUGUUGUAUUUUAUUUGUCUAUCAGCUGGCUCUUCCCAGCUUUUCUUCAGUUUUAGCUUGAGUCUUGCCUAAACUAGAUGGUUAAAAGAUGCAACAUCAGCUCCUCAUUUAGCUUGUGCAUCUUUUAGUGACCUUUUGAAUUUUUUUGCUAAUGCACAUAUAUAUAUAUAUAUAUAUAUAUAUAUAUAUAUAUAUAUAUAUAUAUAUAUAUGGUAAAUUAAGUUUUCUGUUCUAUUAAUAGGGAACACCCAAGUUAUCUUGUGGAUAUUCUUAUGCUGGAAUUUGCUGCCCCAAUAACGAGCUCAUUAGCUAUGUAGAAGUCUGCCAGUCUUUCACCAUUUUCAUUUCUCCUAUACCAUUGUGCCCAAUAAUUUCUUCGUAUUCUCGUGUGCCAUCAGCGUUACCAUGAAUGCAACUCCUUAUCUAUGUGGAGCAUUUUCCUUGUCAUGCCCUGAGUAUAUAAGUGUUUCACCUGAUCCCAAUUUUAAUUAUCCAGCUUGUGUCCAUCUUGUUUCAUAGAUCCAAAGCAGCGUGAGCUUUUAUAUUCUCAUUUCUGCUGCCACUUGUGCUCAUUUUUUUGUUUUGUACAGGGUUCUAACAUUCCAUUUGCCUAUGCUUAUUGCCUUUGAAAGGAGGAUCCUCUGCUUUGAGGCUUCCAGUAUAAUCUAGCUUUGGCCACAAGGCUUCAUAGCUCUUCUGGGGGAGGAAGAGCCCUCUCUUAUCAGGGCUGAAAUUUUUUUGUUCUCUUCUUGUUGGUGUUUCUGUAGCAAUUUUUUUUUUACAAGCGAAGUAGCUGGCCUCUUGCUAACCCUCUUUCUUUUACACCAGAGCUUGGGAUCAGCCAUGGUGGAGUUUGUGAAGCACGACUUACUAACCUAUGCAGCAUAGUAUCAUUGCAUAGCAUAGUAUAUCUAAUCCUUAUUGAAUAAUUCUAUUAUUACUUACGAAAUAUAGCCCGCUAUAAAAUGGAUAAGAUGGGAAUUUCCCAUCUACUAAAGUUACUUACAAAACAUGCAUUCAAGUAAAGCACUUUAUUAGAGUCCCCAGUUAGUAUGGAACUCCCCCCAUAGGUAACCCACAGCACCUUUUUUCAUGCCCCAUAUUAAAAAUCUAAUGUCUCAUCCCCUUUUUACUCUGCAGAUUUAUAAUUAUCAUAUUUAAGUUGAGACUAUUUCCAGAAAACAAAAGGAAAUAUAACACGCCAAAUGCACUUCCAGCAUUUUUAAGAAUAUCUUUUAGCACAUUUAUCUGUAAUUUUAUUUUGCGUGCUAUUGAAUUCACCAUUACACUAUACUUUCUUUCAUACCUAAAUAAUUAUAUGUAUUAGAUUUUUUGUAACAUUAAUUAUUAAUGUUAGGAGGUCUAAUAUUAAGCAUUAUUAAUAUUAGAAGGCCUAAUGUUAAGCAAUUUUAAUUCAAUGUAAUUGAACAAAGCUAGGUCUAUUCAAUCAACUAUUUAUAUAGAUUUUUAAUUUAACUAAUAACAACUGUCACAGUCAAUUUACAAACUAAACUUGUUAAGUCUAAAAUAACUUUUCUUUAGGGAAGCUAAGUUACACUUUUGAAUUUUACUUUAAAGUAAAAGUUACUAAGUUUAUAACUUGCGAAUUAGUUUUUACCAAGCAAACAAAAAGAAGCUUUGAGUCAAAUACUCAUAUUUAAGUUUAAUUAAAGCUGGGCAUUAAUAAUAACAUUUAUUUUCAGAUCUCUGGCACUAAAUCACAUGCAAUAAUUUAUCCACCAGUCACCAAAAAUAUUUAAAAAAAACAACUACAAACAGUAGACCUAGGAAAAAACUGUAGACCUAGGCAUAUACAUUAAAUACAUCUGAAGCAAGUACAUGCAGAGUUUCAGGCUCAUGUAAAAAUUCAAAUCUUUUUGAUCCAGUGAGACCCACACCUCCUUACAUGUAUUCCUUCAUUAGUAAGCUAUUAAUUGGGAAAAUAGCUUUAAACUCAGCACAAAGGCAUACUGUCCUAAGUUUGUCUGAAACAAAACAUCAGCAGAUUACUAGUUACGCAUCUACCUUGACUCACAGAAAAGCUAAAAGAAAAAUUCAUGAUCCAGUUGAUUGUCAUGACAUUAUUGGCAUCAAACAUUACUUAAAGUUAAAGCAUAACUUGACCAAGAACACAGUAAUAUCAUCCACUGAAGAUCCCUCUGUUGCUGCCACGGUGAGCUUAAACAUCUCUACAAGGGUAUUUCUACUGAAAGGAUCAACACACUUAAUGUCAAAGAAUUUCAAAAACAGAUACAAUUUUGAUGGAACUGCACAAGUUUCAGUGAGGUCAAGUGGAUUGUCAAGCAUUACUUUUUAAAAACAAAAUUUUUACAUUAAAAAAUUAUGAUAAUUUGGUUUUACUUUACCCUUGAACGAGCUGGCAUUCUACUUAUCUCUCACACUUGUCCUUUUUGAGCUGGAACAUUAAUUAAGCUGAUUAUUAAAAUUAAAAUAACUUUUAUUUGAAUUUAAAUACCUUUAAAAUAAUCUUCUUUGUCAAAAAGAAUAAAGUAGCAUAGCUUCCCUUUCGUAAAAGCUACAUUAAAUAAAACAUAAUUAACAAUUUCAAAAGCUACGGUACCCUACUUUCUAGAAAGAUAUUUAAAAUAAAAAAAGGAAAUAUAAUUAAGUCAUUGUCUUACUUUUUUCAAACUUUCAGAAUACUUUUGUAGCGCUACAUUUAUAUUGUUGAUAGUUUCAAUUUUAUAUCUAAUAAAUUAUUAUUUGUAAAUUUUACGCUUUUCAUUCUUCUUCAGAAACAUGAGUGGACAAGGAAAUUUCCAAGAUAGUGAAGAUAAAAAACAGUUAAAUCAACGAUUUCUGGAUUGUGCAGCACGUGGGGAUUUGGAAGAUUUCAAAGUGCUGCUAGGUGAGGCUUCUAAAUUUUUACAGCUGUUGUACUAAAAUAAAAAAAAUACCAGUAAUAAUAAAAUGACCCCUUUAAAUGAGACUUAAAUUUGUGAAAUAAAUAAACAUUUGCUUACGUAGAUCUUAUGAUCAUGUGUGCAUUCUUUAGUGUUAUUUCCCUAAAAUAUUAAAGAAAAACAGGUGGUGUAUUUUCAAAUUUUUAUGUGUGGCUUAUUGACCUACAGAUUUAAAAAAUGGUAUUGCCUUUAAAGUCUUGCUAUCGCAAAUCAGGAUUUUAUAGUUUAUUGUCAUUGAACCCACAUUUCUUCAGGCUUGCAUAAUAUUUUAAUAUUUUUAAUGUAAUAGUUUCACUUUUUUUUUGUUGAAUUCCUUUCUCGGCGAAACAAAACAUGCAAUGCUUGUGGCAAAAAAUGUUUUUUCACCAAAAAUCCCCCUUAUAUUAGACUAUUUUAUUGUUUUUUAUUCCAUCCCCAGGUGUUGUGGAUAUUGAUAUUAAGAGUGAUAGAGGAUGGACAGCUUUAAUGUUUGCUGCUAGAAAUGGACACACACCUAUUAUAUCUUCUUUAAUUGAGAAAGGGUACAUUUUUAUGAAGAAAGUUUAAACAUUAUGUUAAAAUAAAAAAAUACUAAUUAAUUUCUCUGGCAUUAAGGCUAAACAAAUAUUAUCAUUUAAAAUUUUUUGUUUGAAUUAGCUUAAAAACCAAAAGCUAGUUUUAAGGCACUAAGAAUCUUAGCAAGAUUAAAACUAUUAAAUGUAGAAAGCAUUUAGCAUUUCAUAGCUAAACACGCACAAAAAAUGUAUGUUGUUACUUUUUUAAAGGUGUGACCUCAACUGCUAGUAAAAAUACUUAAUUUUUUCGACAGAUGUGAUGUGAAUUGUUUGAAUGCCUCAGGACAGACGGCCUUAGAUAUUGCACAGUUUUGGAAUUACAAAGAGGCAGUAGCAAUUUUGUCCCAACAUCGACAGCUGGUUGAAUUUGAUCAAAUCCACAACUACUAUUCCCUUAACCCUUUAUACAGAGCUUCAGACCUUCGUAAAGAUCCUUCAGCGUUAGAGACUGCUAAAAAGAACCCUUCAGCUAAAUUUGUUGUCUUUUUAAAUUCAGAGCCUUAUUUAUUAGAAUCUUUGGAGAAGAAACGCAAGUUCAAGUAAUAAUUUCAGACUUAAACAAUUUUUACUGCUUUAAAUUUUACGAUUUAAUUUAAAUGCUACGAUACCUAUUAAAAGAUAGAUUAAGUCAUUGUCUUACUUCAUCACCUAGCAGCACUUUGGAAUCUUUCAAAGACAGAACCAAUAAUUAUGUACUUCUGAAACACAUGGUAAAUUUUAUUACAUCCAAGAUAAUUUAAAGGUAAAAAAAUACAACAGAAUUUAAUAAAUUAAGAUGUUUCUUUUCUUUUAAAACAGAAUUUAAUAAAUGAAGAUGUUUGUUUUUUAAAAACUCUAUUUCUAAAAAUAAUUAUUUUUGUAUUCCGCUAUAGAUUUGCUGUUUUUAACCUUGAUCAGCUCCCUGCCAAUUUCUCUGAUAAAACAACUGUGAUUUUUUUGGGAUUAGAGACUUGGGAUCCUGACUCAAGUCCGUGGUUUGCUGUUGAAUUAAGACAAGAAGACGCCACGUUUACCUCUAAGGUUUGUGUUUGUUGAUUGCUUGAAUGCAAGUACUUCCUACCAAUACAGUUGAUGAUUAAGAUUUUUAAAUAAAUAUAUUUUUGAUGAACUGUUGCUAGAUUUUUUUUUAAAUGGUUAACUGUAUCGUUAAGUUUUUUUUGUUUUGUUUGCUUAAAUUUUGAAUUACCAGUAUACUAAAUAUUAAAAAUGCAGUUACUGCCAAUGUGUAUAAUCUUUUACACACUGAUGCAUAUCUAUGUCAUAACAUAAUAAUCUUUGAAAAAAUUAAUAUCUUUUGAAUGCAGUACUAUCCCGAUGGCAAGUUUGUUGUCCCAUUUCCAACAACAAUGCAAAUGACUGCCACUCAUGCAGGGAUUUUUGCAGAAGCUCAUUCCAUAUUGUGUUGGUUGGAUCGUUACAAGUAGGGUUUAACUCUUUUAUUUUAAUAAUCACUCUAGGCAGCUUUGAAAACCAUUUCUCUUGUUAAAAAAUCUUUGUAACUUUUAAUGCUUUUUCAGUAUCUUAGAUAUUCUCUAAUAAUCCAUUUUUAAUUCUUUAUAUUCCAUCUCGUUAUCAUUCUUUUUUCCAAAUUCAGAUACUGUCCUACUUGUGGGAGUAAACAGACAGUGGCUGAGGGAGGAUACAAACAAAUUUGCAAUAAUCCAGAUUGCUCUAGUCACAAAGGUACAUUAUUUAUUAAAACUAUAGGCCUUAACAUAAAGUUUUUAUUUGUCUAAUUACUAUAUGUCAAGAUAUCUGUAGAAUAAAUAAAGACCUAACCUAUUUCUGAGGGUACUGCAGUUAUAUAAGCUUUCAUAUUAUAUUUUAAAACAUUUUAUUCAUUUAUCCAAUUCAGGCAUAAAGCCACUUAGUAUACCAACAUAACAUUUCAUUAAGUAAAAUAAAAGUUGUGUUCAGCUUAUCCCACGAACUGUCGUCAGCCGAUUAAAUCGGCCCAUUUUCUCUUCCCAUCCUGCUUCGGUCGAUAAAAAUGGUGUUGAAAGAAAAAGUUCCAGUCCCAUAUUCUACAGUAAAUAAGACUACUUCCUUUUAUUAAUAAAUGAACUUCCGUUUUUCAUUCUUCUGUGUCCUUUUUUUAAACUGUGGAGUUAUAUCUAUGUUUUCUUAUAUUUCAUUUUAUGGGUUAAAUAUUUAUAUAGCAGCUUUUUAAAUUGUAUCUGUUUCUUGCUAUUUAGUAAUGUUUAUAUUGUUUAUGUCGAGCUUUGUUACUUGAACGUAACCAUAGGUAUCAGAAGAAUUCUUUUUAAAAAAUCGAUUAAAAACUAAAACAUAUACAAAUAAUACAUUUUCUGAAAGAUAAAUAAAAAAGGCUAUCAUAUUAUAAAAACAUAAAAAUAUGCCUUCAAAAAAUUGUAGUUUGAGGUAUUUGAAAAGAAAAAAUUUCAUUAUUUUCUUUAUUCUUGGCCACUCCAAGGUCACAGAGUUUAAAAUAUUAAAAAAUAGCCAAUAUGAUUCCUCACUCAUUCAAAUUUCAAUAAAUAUAUACUUUAUAUGGUCUAGCUAUAUAGUAUCUGCAUGUCAAAAAUCACAUGUUUCAAAGGCAGCCAAAAAACUAAAUUGCCUACACAGUACAGAAUAAUAUAAUGGACAGUUCGUGGGUUAAGUGUAAUUUUAAAAAAUGCCUAAUGCAAUCAUAUUAAAUUUACCAGGUACUGCAGUAUUAAAUAGUUAUUGUAUUUUUAAUUAUCAGAUUCUUAAUUUACAAGAAAUUUAUGCAUAGGUUUUUAAUUUUACCCAUUGUCAGGAGGAAUAAAGGACUGUCAGGAAAAGGUGGGUAUUCCACUAGUUUUACUAUUUUUUGGGAUGAUACUUUUAUAAACAAAAUGACUGUUAAUUUGUAUUUAAUUUUUUUGUUCUUAAAUCUUACAGGUGUACACAAUACCUGUUACCCCCGUGUUGAUCCAUCCCUUAUUAUGUUAGUUUUGUCACCUGACAAAAAGCGUUGUUUGCUUGGAAGACAAAAACGAUUUCCUCCUAAGAUGUUUUCUUGUUUAGCAGGAUUUAUGGAACCAGGUUAGGGUAUAUUUUUUAAAUAUUGGAUACUUGUAAUUGAAGUUGUUUGAUUUUUAAAAAAAAAAACAGAUUGAUUAAUUUUGUUUUUUUAAUCUAAAAUAAAAUUUUAGAAUUUUUUCUUAAAAUUUUCUCAUUUUCAUUAAACUUUACAAUGACAAAACUUUAUUUUUCAAUUCUCCCAGUAUAAAAAAUUAUAAACAUUAGCUAAAUAGAUUUGUAAUUUUGCCUUUGCUCUGGAUUCUUAGAAACUGGUAAAUUUAAAUUAUGAAUAAUCCAGAAUGCUAAUUCUUAAAAACACUGACUUAUUUGUGGAGUAUUUAAUAUGUUAGUAACUUAAAUUUAAAAAAAAAUUUCUUCAGGUGAAUCUAUAGAAGACACUUGUCGGCGAGAAAUUGAAGAGGAAAGUGGUAUAAAAGUUGGGAGAGUAGAUUAUCAUUCAAGUCAACCAUGGCCUUUCCCAGCAACUCUGAUGCUUGGCUGCAUUGCUCACGCUAGAACAGAUACAAUUGUGGUAAAAUUUAUUAUUGGUUUAUUUUUAUGUUUUCAUUUGUUAGUGCAUUAUUAAUCAAUAUGAAAAUUAUCUCAAAAAAUUAUUUGUGCACAGUAUUAUCUUCUCUAAUUUUGUUAAUAAAGUACUGGUAAAAAAUUGUUUCUUAUUUCAUUAUCAUUAAAUUACCGGCACUGGUAUGGUAUAUAAAAAUCAAUAACAAUGAUGCCUUUAAUAAAUAAAAAAAUAAUCAUUUCCUUUGAAAUCAUUUUAAAUCUAUAAAUUGUGAAGACCAAAACUGAUGAUCUUAUUAGCAAAAUAAAGUUUUUGAUUAAAAAAAAAUAUUUUAAACAAGAAAAAUACCUGAUAUUUUUUAUUCCACUAUUAUAUUGUUAUAGAUAGACAAAGAUGAACUGGAAGAGGCAAGGUGGUUUUCACAUUCUGAAGUUGCCCAGAUGUUAGCCCAACUGCACCCAGAUGGUAUUUUCGUGCCACCUAGUCAGGCCAUUGCACAUCAGUUGAUAAAAUCAUGGGUCAUAAGUCAUUCAGCAAACUUAUAGUCCAGUUUGAAUCAACAAGGAUCUAAUUAAUUUAACUCAUCAACAAAUCAUAUUUGUAAUUUUAUUUAAUUAAAGCAGCUUUCAUGGAUAUCAUGGAUCCUGUGCGAGCUGUCAAGAAAUGGUUUGCUUCCAACGCUAAAAGGAUUGUCUUUGUUAAUGUGCAACCUCAUCCUUUUAAAAAAAAUUUUUGACGUUAAGUAACAUUUACAGUUAUUAUUUCAAAAUUACUUUAAGUAUUGGCUCAUACCAUUUCAUAUUAAAAUGAAUGUGAAAUGCAAGUUCUGUUUGGUUUUUACAAAAUAUUUUAUUACUGAAUCGUUUAUAAUUAACACCCUUGAAAGCAUGGGCGCCAAGGGGGCCUUGCCCCCUCUGGGCCCCCCCCCCUUUACCUGGAUUGAUUGGACAAAAAUUUUUUAGACAAAAAUAGACAAAAAAUGUAUUAAAGUAAAGAGAAAGUAACUAAGCUGAUGUCCUGUCCCUUCGUUCACUAUACAAAUACGCUACAGUAAAUUAAAACUACAUUAAAAGAUUACUAAAAAAAAAUUUGCCCCCCCCCCCACACCAAAGAAAGUUUUCUGCGGGCGCCCAUGCUUGAAAGUAAUACAUUUUUGUUCUCAUUAUCAUUAUGUUUACCUAAUUAUCAUAGGCUUAAAAGAAUGUCACAAAAAUACUAUUGUUUUAUAGUUAAUUAAGCUUAUCAUUCAAGUUAUGUAUUUAAUGACGUUUUGAAUGAUUAUUGGAAUUGGGCCUACAAUGAAAUUCCAAUACUGAAACUAAAGAGUUUGAACACUAUUUGAAGAUAAUACAAAUUGUGGAAUCAUACUCUUUUAAAUAUCAUGUACAUCUAUUUUUUUUAUAAAUUAUCAUGAGGACACUGUUAAAUUAUUAUUCAGAAAAUGUAAGUGUACCGAUAUUGUCCAGCUAUUUAUUUCACAUACCAGAGCAUUGUGUAAACAGAAACUGCUAACAUAUGUGUAAAUAUUUAUUAAACAAUUAGUUACUCAACAUCUAUUUUUUCUCUUGGUUUCCUAAUAUUAGGUGAGUUCUACUUAUUAUUUAAUUUUAAGUGUUAGCCUUCUUUUGCUUACAUUUUAUUUAUGGUGGUUACUACUGGUUAUUUAAACUUAGAAACAAUGUUUAGAUGCACUCAUUAAACAUUUCAAAGCCUCACACGACAUACCAUGUGAAUCGCAAUAUUUACUUGUGUCCAUCUCUUGGCUGUAUAUAUGGUAGAAGAAUAAAUAAAAUUACUUGAUAAAAAUGCUAGG